CAACAUUUCAGAAUUAUCUCGAUGAUGAUAAUUGAGUACAGUAGACGGGUACAGUGUCAAUUAUCGUGUGCCGAAGCUACGCAGGCGAUCGACCGUAAAACAAAAAAGUGAUAACCGAAAAAAAAAAUUAUUUGUCAUUGAUAAAAAUUGAAACUAAUGCGCGAAUCGCCUUUUCGGAGUGUUUGUAGCUUUAUUCCUUUCGAGUUUUCGAUCGAAAAUUCAUUCGCCUACAUGUAGUGUCAAUUAUUAUGAAAUUUUGUAUUCGAGUGAAUAUCGUGAGCGAAAACAAUCUAUUGCAUUAUGACAACAGUCAUUAAAUGAGAAGGAUAAAAAAGAAGACAAAAAUAACAGUCAUUCGUCAUUAACAACGAAUAAAGCACAAGCUUACGGAGCAGAAAGCAAAAUAAGACGAUCCAUCAUUAUGAUUCACCUCAUUUGACGCUCUAUGAGUUGCUGGAACACCAAUCCUCUUUGUUUUUUUUUUACCUCUACCAUUUGAAAUGACAACUGAUCCCACAGACAUUACAAUGCUAAACAUAGAAGAAACUGAAUCACCAGAAAUUGGCGCCGACAAUGAUGACAUGGAUGAUGACGGCUCAGAUGGAGCUAUAGUUCCGGAGCUUCAGGGUACACUUUCCAAGUGGACAAACUACAUACAUGGCUGGCAAACGAGGUUCAUUGUCCUCAAAGAUGGUACCCUGUCCUAUUACAAAUCUGAGCAGGACAGUGGUUUUGGCUGUCGAGGCUCUAUCAGCCUUUAUAAAGCUGACAUUAAGGGUCACGAGUUCGACGAAUGUAGAUUUGACGUUUCUGUAAACGAUGGUUUAGUUUGGUACUUGAGGGCAAACUCUCCAGAGGAAAAGCAGCGCUGGGUUGAUGUUUUGAAAUCAUACAAGGCCGAAUCCGGAUAUGGAAGCGAAAACAGUCUGAAACGUCAUGGAAGUGCGGUGUCCCUGAUUUCGAGUACACAAUCGACAGCGAGCGCGGGAAGUUUCAGUAAACGCGGUACUCGCGGGCUCAAAGAGAAGCUGGCCGAAUUAGAGACUUUUAAGGAUAUUUUGACGCAACAAGUCGAUUCGUUGCAAAAAUAUUUUGAUCAGUGCGCGGAAAAUGCGAGAAGUUUGCCGUCCCGAGAAACUACGAUCGAUCAGAGUCUCGAUCCGAUCGUACAAUCAGUGGAUUUCAAGGGCGAAGCCAUAACUUUUAAGGCGACGAGCGAGGGUGUACUGGCGACGCUGCAACACUGCGUCGAACUAAUGUCACAAAUGGAAGAUUCUUGGCGUCGUAAAUGGGAAAAGGAGGCGGAAAAAAAGCGUAAAAUGCAAGAACUUUGCAAAGCACUCAAGGAACAAAUGGCUAUUAGUCGUGGCGAUACAACGAGACCGAGAGUUCACAUUCACGGUGGCCCGGACUAUGAGGAAGGUCCUCACAGUGCACUCUGCGACGAGGAGUUUUACGACGCCGUGGAAACUGGACUGGACAAAAUCGACGAGGAUAAUCAGCUGAGAGAUCGCUUGAAACAGAAAGCUGUUGCAAUUCCUAGAAGUCCUGCUGGGCAUGCUGUGUCCCACCGAUUAUGGCCUGAGAUCGAAAAAGUGACGACGCAGCAGCUGCACAAUGCUCGUUUGGGAAUCGGAGGUGCGGGAGGCUGGCAAUUAUUUGCAGAGGACGGUGACAUGAGAAUGUACAGACGAGAAGAAGAGUGCAACGGUUUGGUAGUCGAUCCUUUGAUGGCGUGCCACGUGGUCAAGGGCGUAACAGGACGAGAAGUUUGUCAAAUAUUUUUUAGUCCGGAAUAUCGGAGCGGUUGGGAGGCGACGUUAGAAGAUAUGACCGUUGUCGAGACGAUAUCUAAAGACACGCUCGUAUUUUUGCAAACGCACAAGCGAAUAUGGCCGGCGAGCCAAAGGGAUGCCCUUUUUUGGUCUCACAUGCGUAGCUCUCCUGAUCCCGAAGAUCCGGACGGUUCGGAUUUGUGGAUCGUAUGUAACCACAGCACCGAACACGCCGACUAUCCCGCAAAUUCAGGAAAAUGUGUGAGGGUGUACCUGACCGUGUGCAUCGUAUGUCAAACCUUCAUCGAUCCACCAAAAGAUCCAGAAAAAAUAGAGCGUAAUGAUAUAACGUGCAAAAUAACGUACUGUUCCGUGGUAAAUCCUGGAGGAUGGGCGCCCGCUUCCGUUUUACGUGCAGUCUACAAACGCGAGUAUCCAAAAUUUUUGAAACGUUUCACCAAUUACUGCAUUGACCAGUGCAAAGACAAACCGAUUGAAUUUUAAUAUAUAGAUGUGAAAAAAAUACCCGUAUAUAUAUCUAUAUAUGAAAACGUUACAUUUAAAUAUUUUUUUAAACUUCCCUAACCUGCAUUCACGCGAUAAUCGAAAGCCCCACCAUUGAUUAUUUUCUUUUUAUUGUACGUGGUGAUCAUUGAGCGAAUGUGAACUGUGAGCUUGUGAAACGUUAGAAAGAGGGGGAGAGAAAGCACGACGUGCAUUUUUUAAUUCUCGUAUAAUAUGAAUAUGUAAUACCUUCAUGUUUCAUUUUUUGAAUUUUUUAACUGAACAUUCUUCAAAGAAAAAAAAAACAAUCUCACGCCAAAUGCAGACACACCGAAAUAUCGAAAAAUUAGCUCAUUUUUACUGAUCAUUGAGAACAGAAAUGUAGUGUUUUCUAUGUUUCUCUUCUCAUUUUCAGAUUUAAGGGGAGUGAAAAUUUUCCGAUCUUGCGUCUCAUUCGCAUUGAUUUCUUGCUAUUUUUUUUUCUCCACUCUACGGGUGUCAGUUUGAAAUAAAUUAAAAAAUAAAUGAACGUAUUAUACGCGAAUCCAUUCGAUCGCAAAAAUGAAAAAUCGUCACAAUAUCAUGAUAACGCUUAUGAUGUUAUGAAAUAUGUGGUAACAUUUAAAUGUCUUCGCGAUUAUCAAUGUUUUGUCGUGCUGCACACACACACACACACACACACACACACGCACGCGCGCGCGCGCGCGCACGCACACACACACACACACACACACACACACACACACACACACACACACACACACACACACACACAACCGAUUGAAUAAACAAAAGAAGGGAAAAUAAUUAAAAAAUAAAACACACUGUCGCGAGAAUCCAAUUGUACAAAUUUAGGUACGAAUAUCUUCAUUGAAUUAUUGAAUCGUUACAUUCUGCCAAUUAUAUAUGCGAAACUGUAUAGUGAUGAUAAAAAUUAUAUUGUUACUUUUAUUUAUAUAAUGAGAGGAAGACGAUGAAAAUAAGCACUGUGAAUAUCGUAAAUGCUUGAGAAUAUGCGAAUUGCUUAUACAAAUGGAAAUUUAAUAAAGACUGUUAGAAGUUUAUGCAAA